AUGGAGGCGACUAAUCUACAAAUAUAUUGGCAUGAGUCACAACCUGUGUAUAGUAUUACCUUUCGUGGAAGUCAGGCUGACGAUGAUAAUGAUGAUGAGAACUUUAAUGAGAAGGGUGAGUUGUUCACUGCAGGCGGGGACAACAAGGUCAGAUUAUGGCGUUUGAAUUGUGAGGAAACAGGUAAAGGUACUUGUAAAGUGGAUACAAUUGACUUUUUAUCAGGUUUAUCAUUGCACGAACAAGCUGUAAACGUAAUACGGUUUGAUCAUAGAGGGAACGUCUUGGCAUCUGCUGGUGAUGAUGGGCAGGUUCUGCUAUGGAAACUAACUAACGAAGAAACACGCAAGAAACAACAACGUAUGGGAGAUGAACCUGUUGAAGGUGAUGGUUGGGCUGUUUGGAAACGUUUACGAGGCACGGCAAAUGACUUAGAUAACAUGCCGGGUGGUGGUGCUUCAGAAAUUUAUGAUUUAUCAUGGUCACCUGACGACAAAUAUCUGGUAACAGCUUCAAUGGACAACAGCUUAAAGGUGUUUAAUGUUGAUACAGGAAACUGUGUUGCAUUUGCAAAAGAUCACAACCAUUAUGUUCAAGGUGUUACCUGGGAUCCAUUAAAUCAAUACAUUAUCUCACAAUCAGUUGAUAGGUCUAUUAAUAUCUAUGAAAUUGAAUUAAGAGAUUCAAAAGAUAUAACUAGUUCAACAACAUCUACAGAAUUGAUAAAAAGGCUUAAGCUCAAAAAUAGAAUAUUCAAGAGCGAACUGCCUUUUAUAGACGAAGAUGCUAGUAGUCGCAAAAUUGACUAUUCAGUUCAAAAAUCAUCUUACUUAUAUCACAAUGAAACACUGCCAUCUUUUUUUAGGAGAUUAGUGAUGUCCCCUUGUGGUAGUCUUCUUGUAGUCCCAACUGGACUAAUCAAGAACCAUCCAACUUCUACUAGUAUAGGAACGAAAGAUGAUGGUGAAGAGAGUUCACAAUCUAAUAGUAUUAAUACCUCCGCAUCGAGUGAUUUUAAUAAUGCGGUAUUCAUAUACACAAGAGCUGCGAUCAAACAAAAUUUGGGUAAACCUAGCAUAUGUCUGCCGUUCUUCAAGAAACCAGCGGUUGCUGUAGCAUUUAGUCCCAUUUUCUAUGAACGGACCUCCAAUAAACCGUAUGUGGAUCUUCCGUAUAAACUAGUUUUUGCUAUUGCUACAAUUAACCAAGUUAUCUUCUAUGAUACCGAAAAUAUUGAACCUAUUUCGAUAGUAAGUAAUUUGCAUUACACGCCAUUGACUGAUUUAACAUGGUCACCCAGAGGUGAUAUGGUUAUGGUUUCAUCUACUGACGGUUUUUGUUCUGCUAUUUCUAUAAAUACAGCGGUUUUUGGUCGGAGAACGAAGAAACCAAGUUUCACUAAUACUAUUGUGAAAGAAGAGAUAAGCUUGAAUAGAGAAGAUGCGUCAGAAGUAAAGCAGCCAAAGCGAUCUCAUGAUAUAAUUAACAUCCUUCCAGUUAGGAAAAAAUCGAAGGUAGAUACUAAUAAGAGUACUACUGAUAGCGCUAGUACACCGGAUGCUACUGGUAAUGAUAAGGAGAAUAAAGAUGACGCAAAGACCUUAGAAAUAAUUAAGAACACGGAGACUGAAAAUUCGUAA